UUCGCCGAUCUCUCAGACCGCCGUCAUACAGUUCUUAGUAUCUCGCUUUGCUUCCUGGCUUCCGCUUAUUUUAGGACUUAUUGAUGCCGACGUCCUUUUUGCAUCUCGCUUACUGGAGCUAACCUGGCGAUCUGACAGCGUUCUAACAUUCAGAUGCGACGCAAGCACGGGGUUGCAAUGAAGAGCCGAGGAAGAAAUGAAAAGGAAGGUGCGAUGCCCGCCGGAACCAUCGCUCGGACCGAGUGCAAUGGGCGACGGUGGUCCCAUCAACGGCCGCAAGAAGGCCAAGGCGAGAUCGGACGGUACAGAAGACGGUACCUUGCUUUUGGGAGACGGCGUGUCAGCUGUGAAGCGAUCAGCUUGCAGCAACUGUUCUGUGCUCCAGCAGAGGCUCGACAAGGCGGAAGAAGGUAGGAGGAAGCUUCGCGAGGCGAUUGGGCUAUUGAGGGAUCGGAUCGAGGAGCUAACGCAGACCGUCUCCACUCUCCAGCAGGACAUACGACAGCAGCGCGAGGAGAAUGACGAGUUCCGGCAACGGGUGGAGCAGGCAGAAGGACGGGCAGACGAGGAGUGUCUACGGGCAGUCAAAGAAGCUCGCCGGGCGGCUGACGCGUCGGACGAAGCAACGCGGGAGCGAGGGAGGGCAGAGGAAUACUGCGCACGGGUGAAGCGCUUAGAGCGAGAAUUAGCGGUGCUGCGAACGCGGGUAGGACGAGACGAGAAUGAUAGGAGUGUUGACGUAGAGGGAAGAGGAGAUUCGGGGAGGUUGAAACCGGUCUCGACCGGGCGAGAGCCGUGUUUAGCUGGUGAUGUGGUGGGGAAGGAGCGGGGCGACGUGCGAGACGGAGAACGCAGCGGUUGUAGCGGCGGAACAAGUGGAAGUGGAUGCAGAAGCAGCGGCGGCGGGGCGACGAGUGGAAGCAGUCGCGGCGGCGACUCGGAUAGCGAAGCCGCCUCGCAGCGGAAAGGCGGGGCGGAAAGAGCGGGCGACGGCGAGGAGAGUAGCAGUGAGGAGAGCGAUAGUGAUGAUGGGGGGAGUGACAGCGACGGGAGCGAGAGCGACGAAGAGGCGAGGGGCGAGGAGGGAAAGAUGGAUGGGGAGGAGGAGGAGAAGGAGGAGGAGGAAGAGAUCGAUGUGGAGGGGUGUGAUGGGGACGCACGACUCGUGCGAGAGGAGGUCGAGACGCCGCCAGGGGAAGCCAUGCGAGUAGACGUUAUUCGAGCGGAACUGAUUAGAUCGGUGCCCACGGGCGCAGAUAGAAUAGAGUUAGAACCCGUUGUGGAGGGUGCGGGUAAUAGAAAAGGGUCGCCAUCGCCGCCGACGUUCGAGAGUUUAAGGGGUCGGCCGGAGUUGCUCGGGCGUUCGUGUGGGGAGAAGAGGGAGGAGGAGGAGCGGGAUGAUUUGGGCAAGUUGGAAGUGAUAGAACUGGGAGGGUGGAGUGCGGGGGGGGGAAGGGCAACGGGAGGAGAGCUCAGGACGGGUGGCGAUGGCGUGGAGGGGAUGGGGGUGGCUGAUGAAGCGGAAGACGGAAGAAUGGCGACGCACGCAAGAAAGGACGAGUUACGUGCGGGUGGGAAAUUGAAAGCAGCCGAUGCAAGGGAUGCGACUCAAGCAGAUGUGACUGAAGCGGAUGUGACUGAAUCAGAUGUGCCUGAAGCAGAUGUGACUAAAGCAGGUGCAAGGGAUGUGAGGGAGAUUGACAAGUUGCGAGCGGGUGGUGAAGGGAGGGACGCAAAUGUAGCGGAGGAGACUAUAACGCGUGCUGCUGCAGCUCCAGCAAGCACCGGCAGGCUGUUGCGCGGUGACGCAAUGGGGCAUGGUGAGGGAGAAGCGGGGGAGCAGUUGUUGCAGCAAGUGGACACAAGCGCGGAUAGCGCCACAGAGCAGAUGCGCGAUUGUGCUGCUGCUGUUGAUGCUGCUGCUGCUAUGGCUGAUACCCUAGAACCUGAUGCUAAUUCAGCUGCCGCUAUCGCAAUCCCUACGUCUCCUGCUGUGUAUCCCGCGACUGCUGAUGCGGCUAGUGCUAAUGCCACUGCUGCCGCUGCCGCUGCCACUACUGCCACUGCUGCUGCUGCUGCUGCUGCUACAGUCCGGGAUGCUGCCGUUGCUGCUGCCACCGCUGCAGCUGACGUUGAACCUAGCUGUGCUGCUGUAACUGCCACGUCCCCUCGUCCUGCCGCCACCGCUGAUACCGCCGCCACUCUUGCUGUGUCCCUUUCUCAUGGCGGCGGCUGGGGUACUGAGAGCGCUCAGAAGACGGGGCGAGCAGGCAGCGCGUGUAGCCUGCGAGCAGUGAAACGCCUCGCCAGGAAGCGAGGGCCACACGCCCUCUCCGUGAAGCCGCCGUUGGUCCCCCUCAUGCCUGCGCCCUCUACACCUGCGCCCUCUACACCUGCGCCCUCUACACCUGCGCCCACUACGCCUGCGCCCUCUACACCUGCGCCCUCUACGUCUGCGCCCUCUACACCUGCGCUUCUUGCACCUGCGCCGUUACCACGUGUGGGGGGAACCGCUGCCACCCCCACUGAGACAAUAGAGGCCUGCAUGGGCGAGCACAUGGGUACUGCAGAGCGUGUGGGUGCCGGGGUGGCUGAAGCAGCUAUGCUGGGGAGCUGCGAGGGAGGACGUGGGGCGGCAGGGGCAGAUGAGGGACGGAAAGAGGAGGGGAGCGUAAGGGGCAGAAAGCGAAAGGAGGUGGGGGCUUCUGACGGGUCUCCGCUGGCGCAUGUGCUGGCAGCAGCUCAAGCGCCAAUGGAAGCGCAUGCGGUUGCACAGGCGCCGGGAGCAAAGGGAUCGGUGGCAGUAGAGAGAGCGGUAAUGGAGGAACCGCCGCUGGACGAUGUGCGCUCGUUCUUUGCGUCGCUCUGCUUCCCCCUGCCGUGCUCCCCGCGUGCCGCCACCCCGCCGCUGCCACUCUCUGCAUGCCAGGAGCUCAUUCGGCCUUGCAGAGAACGCAAGGACCAGCAGCCGCAGCAACAGCAGCCGCAGGAGCAGGAGUCGCAGCAGCAGCAGCCGGCAGCGCAGCAAGAGAAGAAGGGGUAUAGCAUGCCCACCGUGUCCAUGCCAGCUCCGCUUCCCCUGGGCCCUCUCCCCCCUCUACUCCACCUGCCGUCCGUGCACCACCUGCACGCUCCGCGGUUGCCCGCGCUCGUUGCCCCUGGCCACACCGCCCCCCGCAUGGACCAUCGCAAUGCCCCACAUGGGGGCCACACCCCGUCCAGCACGCAUGGCAGCUGCACUGCCACAGUCACUGCCAUUGCCACUACCACUACCACUGCUGCUGUUGCUGCUGGGGGCAAUGCUGGUGCUGGUGUUAGUGGUAAAGCAGGUGUUAGUGCCAGUGCUGCAGCCAGUGGUGCCAGUGGCGGCAGUGGCGGCAGCAGCACUGCAGGCAGCAUGGCCACUGCCGUCCCCGCGCAUGCUAUACUUUCUGCCGUAUGCCCCAUGGCAGCCCCCCCCUCAGGCUCGUCGCACUCCCUCUCAGCCACCCACCCCCCUCCUCUCGCUGUUCCCGCGUCCCCUCCCUCUGUUGCUGGCGCAAGCGCAUCCCUCCGCGAUGCCUCUGCGAGCCAUGGUUGCUGUGGCGAGCACAUGCACGCACACGGGCGCAUGCAGACGAGAGCGCAGACGGAGGAGGAUAUGGCAGCGGCGGCGGAGGAGAAGGAAGCGCGGGGCAGCUCGUGCGGCGAGGGUGUGGCGGCGCUGCUUGGCCAUCUGGCUGCUCUGGGGGACCUGGGGGAUGGUGGCGCGGGGAGGGGUAGGGGCUUCAGUGAACGGGACGGAGGCAGGGGGAAGGCGGGAGAGAGGGGGCAGGGUGGAGGAAGAGGGAGACGAGGAGGCGAAGUGGGGCGCGGCAGUGCGUUGGAGAGACGAGCAUCGGGGAAGAAGGGGCAGUGGUGGGUGGACGUUGGAGGGGCAACGGAUGGGCGCGAGGACAGUGCAACGAGGGCUGCUGCUGCUGCUAGUCUCACGCACGGGCUCGCCCCUGCCUCUGCAUCCCUCCCUGCUGCUCUCUCCCUCAUUUCACGCUCCUCCGUGUCCGCACCUGCCAUCCAGAUCGCCCACCCCAAUACGCCCCUGCUUCCCAAUACUGCUGCUCUAUCCCCUGCGGCUCCCCCUUCCCUUGCGCUUCCCCCUGCGCCGGGCUCAGGCGCGGAUACGGGAUCAGCGCGCGUGGCAGGGGGGGUGGGUGGUGGCGCUGGUAGCGGCAUUGCAAGGGCGCGGUCAAUGGGGGGCGGGCAGAUGGUGGUGGCGGCAGGGGUGGCAGCAGCGGUGGCGGUGAGGGAGGUGGAGAGGCGAGUGCAGGAGCGACGCCAGCGCGUGCUGAGGCGAUUGCGGAGGGGGUUGAAGCGAGGAGGGGAGGGCGUGGGAAGGGGAGGUGGGGGGUUUAGAGGAGCACUAGGCACCGCAGCCAGGAGAGGAGGGGCAGGGGGAGGGGUAGGAGGAGAAGCAUGGGGAGGUAGAACUGGCAGAGGCGAUGGUGGUGGGGGUGCUUUCUGUCAGGCGCUUCUUGCCUGUUCCAUGUCGGCCGGUGCCCUGCCUGCUGACGCCACCACAGCAGCACCUGCACAACCAUCACCAACCGCCGCUGCUGCUGCUGCUGCUGCCGCUGCUGUCGCACCUGUCUUGCCGUCUGCUGGGUCCUGUCCUGAAAGCUCAACUGCUGCUCUCCCACCGUCUGCAGCUGCCAGUCUUGCUCCGAUGUCCGCCCCUCCCCACACGUCUGCGCCUGCACCUAUAUCUGUGGCGGACGCAUUGGCAGCAGCCAAGGCAGUGCAGAGGGAGCGGCAGGCGCGAGGGCAGGGGUGGGUGGGUGCAGGCGACAGGGCAUCAGAGGGCAGGGGGGGGGGGUGCAGCAACAGGGUGCGACUGGGCACUGGCCAGGUGGGAGAGCAGUGCAGUGAGCACGUGAGAGGGGCACCUUGGAGUGGUCUGGACGUGCUUGAAUGCGCUACCAUGGCCUCUACUGCGCCCCACACCAGCACUCCCACCAUGCGCGGGUGCUCUGCUAGGAGAGGGCUUGCAUGGGCGCAGGCAGCAAUUGGGCCUGGAAGGGGGGUGGUCAGUGGCAAGGGGAGCAGCAGCGGCGGCAGCAGUGGCGUGUGGAGUGAAGCGGGGUGCUGGGAGGGCCGGGAUGGGUACUGUAAUGAGGGCUCUUGGUUGGGGAGCGACGGUGGGGGGUGGGAGAGUGACGUGGACAGUGGAUGGGAGAGUGAGGGGGGAGGGGUGGAGGUGCGAGGAGGGUAUGGGCAGUGGAAGGGGCGAGAUGAGAAUACUUGGUGGACAUCCAGUCUCCCUCCUUCCCCCACGCCCCCGUCACCCACCCCGCGUUACCCCAAUCCUCCAUCCCCCACUCCCCCAUCCCCCUCACGGCAUGUGUUCCCCACACCGCAAGUAUGACACUCGCCUGCUGUAGUCUCAGCGCCCUGCGCCCUCUCGGCGUGCCGUGCCGCCAGUGUGGCCAUCUGCAUGCAGCCCUGCUCCGCUACUGCACUCGGUUGCUGGCCUCCACCCUGCUGCUGCACUUGCCGCCCCAAGUCCCUGCCUUGUGUCAUCCCCCUGCCUCGUCUGCUCGCUGCUGCCUGUGUGUCUCUGGAGGAGGGGCGCCAUCACCAGCACCAGCACCGAGAGCUAGAUUGGGGCGCGGACGAGGGAGAGAGUGCCCUGGCGCCUGUUCUGCUGCCUGCGGGAUGGUUGGUUGGAUGGGCGUGUUGGUUGGAUCGCUGGGCGAAUGGCCCAGCCAGUGGGUUGCCGGGCCAAGGUCUUGACACGCCUCAGACCAGGUGUGUGGUUUGGUUGCCCCACCAGGGCAGUGUUGCGCGAGGGCAGUUUUGUGGGGAGCAUACUCCCCUGAGUGUGAGGCAGGUAGGUUUUGCUAUUUGGAACAGUGGUGUACCGUGUACGGGAGGCAGAACUAGUGCUUUGGCCCAGAGCUGUGCGUUGGUUGGUGUACUAGGUUAAUGAAGCGGGUGCUUUGAU